AUGUAUGCACAAUCUAAUUCCAACAAUAUCCCAUUAUUCUCAAACUCCAUCACUGAUUUCACUGAGUUUGACUCGUUCCAAGACACUCUCUCUCAACUCAAUAACUCGGAAUUUAGUAGCUGCUAUAGCAGCUAUGCUGGAUCACCUUCACCAAAUACUCCCAUCUUCAUGCAAAGAAGCAUUAGCAGCCAUUCCCUUCACCACAACAAUGGGACCCACCGUUAUCCCCUCUCCGCUUUUUUCGCUGAAUUGCUCGACUCUGAAGACACUCCCGUGCGAAAAAUUUAUAGCACGGGAGAUCUCCAGAGGAUUAAGAGAAUGCAACAUAAUCAUCAUUAUCAUCAUUUGGAUAGUCCAUUGUCUAGUGAAAGUAGUAUGAUCAUAGAAGGUAUGAACAGAGUUUGUCCCUAUAGUCCGGAAGAGAAGAAACUCAGAAUUGAAAGAUACAAAAGAAAGAGGAAUCAAAGAAACUUCAACAAGAAAAUUAAGUAUGUUUGUAGGAAGACAUUGGCAGAUAGGAGGCCGCGAAUUAGAGGACGGUUUGCGAGGAACGAUGAAAUCGAUAAGAGCACUAGUGCUGUUCAGUGGAGUCACAUUGGUGGUGGAGAGGAAGAAGAUGAAGAAGAUGAGAAUUGGAUUCAUGUCUUUGAUUCCAUAGUUGCUGCAAAUCUUGUUCAUGAUGAGUUUCAAGGAAGUUCAUCAUUUGGCCUAUUAUACUAG